CAUUCUGGAACGACACCGUGAGCUGACCUGUCACUGGCAGCUGGAAUUGUAAAUGGUCAUUAGGCUCCUAUCACAGACAGGAGGCUACAGGCCAGCCCCACACCCAUGAGGAGGUGAGGCCAGACUCUCAGCAUCUUCCAACCAACAGUUACUCAUGGAUAUGCAUUAUUUGUCAGACACUGAGCUAAGUGCUAGGGAUACGGCGGACUGUUGCUAGAAAAUUCCUACGGACGCCAUGAGGAGGGGCCCCCUGGCAAGCUGAACAAAGUCAGGAAAGCAGCGAGGUAGCCGGCAAGGCGGAGAGUAAAGGAGAGAUGGCCUGGGCCUCAGGAGGAGCAGCUCUGCAUGUGGACAGGACAGUACGGGUGACUCAGCGAUCAGACCGACUCCUGGAGGCACUCUCCCAAGUGCUUCCCAUGCGGUCACACCCUGUGUCCUCACAGCGCCCUAAAAGAUAGGCCACACCGUUGCUGUCAUUUCAUAAGCAAGGAAAGUGGCAGGAAAUUGGAAGGAAGGAAGGAAGGAAGGAAGAAAGAAAGAAAAGAAAAGAAGGAAGGAAGGAAAAAAAGAGAGAGAGAGAAAGGGGAAAGAAGUCAACUAGCACCCCAGCUAAACUGAAAGGCAGGAAAGUUAAGAACACAUACAUUAGAGGGGUGCCUGGGUGGCUCAGUCAGUUAAGCAUCUGACUUUGGCUCAGGUCAUGAUUUCAUGGUUCCUGGGUUCGAGCCCUUCGUCAGGCUCUGUGCUGACAGUUCAGAACCUAGAGUCUGCUUCGGAUUCUGUGUCUCCCUCUCUCUCUCUGCCCCUCCCCACUCAUGCUCUUUCUUUCUCUCUCUCUCUCUCCAAAAUAAAUAAACAUGAAAACAACUUUUUAAAAAAAGAACACAUACAUUAGAAAUUAGGAAUGGUGGAGUGUUGCCUUGGUGGAGUGGAGACCAGCCCUCUGGUUGGAGGUAUAUGUAACACACCGACUUACUGUGACCUAGGGAAGGCUGCCAAAGAUGACUUCAACAAAGGCUAUGGAUUUGGCUCAGUCAAAGUAGGUCUGAGAACUAAGUCGUGUAGGGGAGUGGAAUUUUCUACUUCUGGUCAUGCUUACACUGACACAGAGCAAACGUCAGGCAACCUAGAGACCACGUAUAAGGUCUGUAGCUACGGACUUGCCUUCACCCAGAAAUGGAACACAGACGAUACUCUUGGAACGGAAAUCGCUUCACAGAAUAAGUUGGCUGAAGGGUCGAAACGUACUCUCCAUACCGUAUUUGCACCGAACCCAGGAAAGAAGAGUGGGAAAUUGAAGGCCUCCUACAAAUGGGAUUGUUUCAGUCUCGGCAGUAAUGUUGAUGCAGAUUUUUCUGGACCGACCAUCUUUGGCUUUGGAGGUUGCCUUGCUGGCUCUCAGACGAGUUUUGACACAGCCAGAUCCAAACUGCCACAGAAUGGUGUCGCCCUGGGUUACAUAGCUGCCGACUUCCAGCUGCACAUGCAUGUGAGUGAUGGCCCUGAAUUUGGAGGGUCUGUCUGCCAGGAGGUUAAUGAGAAGAUUGGAACAUCAAUAAACGUUGCUUGGAUGGCUGGCAGUAACAAUACGGACUGUAGAACUUCUCUAUCUGCUACAGGAAAUAAGACGAGCCCGACCGGACUGGGUUAUACUCAGACCCUUGGACCAGGAGUCAAAUUGAUCCUACCAGCUUUCACGGACAGAAAGAAUGUCAAUGCAGGAGGCCACGAGGUUGGGCUGGGAUUUGAACGAGAAGCCUAUUGUGGUUUUGAGGAAAGCACCUGAUUUGUCCUUGGAGGUGAAGAGAACCCACUAUGUUUUGGCCUUAAAAUUCUUCCGUGAAAUUUCAAAAGUGUGAACUUCUUAUUCUUCCAAAGAAUUGUAAUCCUCCCCACACUGAAGUGUAAAGAUCGCAAGUGCGUUGUAAGGAAGGAACUUGAAGGCGUGCCCGAAGGUUGUCAUACUUGUGCCGCGUUGCAGUUGAUUUCCACUGUGUUAUUUUAUUUUAUUUUUAUUUCUAUUUGAAUU